GGUUUGAAUGAAGCCUGUAGCUGUAGUGUAGUGUAGUUUUAGGGAGUGAGUGAGUGAAUAUCACGGAGGGCGGCGGAUUGGCUGAUUUUGUGACAUAUGUUCAGUUAGGUGCAAAUUAAAAACAAUCAGUUUCACACGUACACGUCCGGAGUCCAGACAACAUGUCGCGAUUUUUCACGUAUAUCGCUUCCGCGGUGCUUUGUUUUAGCCUAGUUAAUACUAACAAUGCUCUUAAAUUUUAUCAGGAAAAGAACUUCCAUGAAGCCCAAGAACUAACAGACCAGGACAUUAAGAACAUAGCUGCCAUGUCAGACAUAACACAUUUUAGAACAGUGCUAGACAAGAUUAUGAUCCCUAGAGUAGUUGCAACACCCAACCAUGGCAAAGUGAACAAAUUCAUCAAGAAAGAGAUGUCAAGUCUAGGUUGGAAUGUGACAGAAGAUGCAUUUGAUGAUCAUACACCAGUAUUUGGCACAUUGCGGUUUAAGAAUAUAAUUGCCACAUUGAAUCCAAAUGCAGACAGAUAUUUGGUGCUAGCAUGCCAUUAUGAUAGUAAAUAUACAAGGGAACAUGUGUUUAUUGGUGCGACAGAUUCUGCUGUACCAUGUGCCAUGAUGAUAAAUCUAGCCAAAGUGAUGGGCCCCAAGCUAGAGAAGUUAAAACGGGCAAACCUGAGCCUGAUGUUCAUAUUCUUUGAUGGAGAGGAAGCAUUCCGGCAGUGGGGGCCUACGGACUCCAUUUAUGGCGCUCGGCAUUUGGCCAAGCAGUGGCACGGGAUGUCUUAUAAGGAUGGUGCUAAUCAUUUGCAGAGGAUGGACGUUCUAGUGCUCCUAGACCUCCUAGGCGCCCCAGACCCAGUGUUCUACAGCUACUUCCAGUCUACAGAGAAGUGGUACGUGAGGCUGGCGAGCGCAGAACAGCGGCUAGCGGAGUUGGACCAGCUCGGAGGCUACACUAAGGGCAGGGCCGAGCAGACAUACUUCAGACUGUCGAGCUCAAGGUCUUUUGUGGAAGAUGAUCAUAUCCCGUUCUUGAGGAGAAACGUGGACUGUCUCCACAUAAUCCCGUCCCCGUUCCCGGACGUGUGGCACACGGCCGGCGACGACGCCUCGGCGCUGGACUUCAACACCAUUGAGAACCUCAACAAGAUCAUGCGAGUGUUUGUGACGGAAUACCUGCACACGCAGGCCUAGCUGUACAACCGAUGGCGGCUUUGGAGGGUUAUAGUUACUUAAUGAGUUACAUUCCGAAUCAGACAUGUUUAUGAUGUUUCCGUUUGACGGUAUUCCAUGUUAUUGUCCUUUAGAAAGGACAUCAUUGUUGAACCAAGCAAAAAAUAUUCUAAAAAUUCAGCCCAUGUGAAUUUUAAUAGGUACUUAUCAUCAGCACAUGCAAUUCUAAUGGAUAAUGCUACCUUAACCGCAGACUUGGCAAGGUACUCGUUAUUUUACAUGUUCCAGCAGUUUCCAAAACUAGACAUACCUAUAAAUCCAAUGUAUCGUCAGGUGACACGAAAACACACUUUACAAUUUAGUUGCAAAAAAUAAUCCAAAAUCAACCUUGUGUUAUUACUGUUACGGUUCAGUCUCUGAACUUGUUGUAGUAAUUAUAAAUUGUUGGUUGUCACCUAACGGUAUGAUAUUAUUCUCCUUUAUAAAGGGCAUCUUUUUUGGAGCAUAACCAAAUAUUUAUAGAUUUUAAAAACAUCGAGUCUCUUACCAGUGUUUGUAUCAGAGGACAAACAGGCAAAGGCAUACAGCAGGCAGGCAUGGCAGGUCCUGGUUACUUAGUGUUCUACAUUCCGAAUUAUAAUUAUAUAACAAUAUAAAUGUUUGUGAGUUUGACUACCGGAUGUCUACGCUUGGCUGUGUACGAUAUUAUGCACUUUUAAAAGGAUUUUAUAAUAAUUUAUCUGCUUAUGGUGUCAGAAAAAAAAAUGUAAAACUAAAUUUUGUCAAUGGAUUUUUCGCAGUAAUAUGAACAUUAUGCAUGUUUGUUGUAUUCUACUUAUAGGAUCAACGUCAAUUUUAUGUCGUCUGACGUAAAAUAUCUUGACAUCGAUUGAUAAACUUAUGUUACAGCUGAGCUGACUUUAUUUAUACAAUUCCCUAAUUUAAAGAAAAUAGAAAAGAAAUAAGUACUUGGAAAGUUACUUUAUUUGAGUUCAUGCAAAAUAUGGUCUAAAAUGGUCGCAGGUGUGAUUUUUACGAUCAUGUAAUUUAUUGUUUAUUUUAAGGACUUAAUUGGUGCUUGUUUUUUUAUUUAUUUAUUUACAGUUUUGCCUUUUUUGUAGUUAGACAAUUUAGAUGUAGGAUGAAUCGUCACAAAUGUGAUUAGUUAUUACUAAGAAAAGUUAAUAUGAUAUUAUACUUGCUUAAAAUGUGACAAAUUACUGCGGUUUAUUAGUUAGGUUAGGUUAGAUGAAAUGAAUUGAACGCGGCGGGUGCCAACAACUCGAAUUAAGUAUUUGAAAAAAAUUGAGUACCUGCGAUAUAAAGAUAUUCUCAAACGCCACCUCGUCGCUUACGGGCCGCCUGACUGCUAAGAGGACAUUGCAUUACGAAGAUCGGAAUGGCGAUCCAGUGUUCAUGAGAAAGUAGAUAAAUUUGGGCAGCAGCGUCUGAAAGCCCUAGAUGCUAACUAUGCUAAGCGUCAUAUCUGCAAGACGCGAUCUAAGCUCUCUUAAACGUACACCCGCAACUGGACAACUCCAUUGCGCAUCAUGUGACCGCAUAAAGUUUGGUUUUGUAAGACACAUGGCAUUUCAUAAUCCGGUUUAGAAUUGUUGAUGGAGUCGCCAUUGCCGGAUACGGCAAGGAAGAUUGACUGUAUUGUAACACGCAAUAGUAAACUUUAUAAGAAUUUGUUAAGGUUAUUUUUAUAUUGUACCUUUUGUCGGCUAUGGCCGACUGUGGCGGUUAAAAGGUAAAAAAACCUUUCUAGUUGUUGGCGCCCACCCCGUAUACAUAAUGAAGUUUGCUUUAAAUACAUGUGGCUUAUGUGAAAUCAAAGCUUUGUAUGCAUUACGAUUUAAAAAGCUUAAUGUACAAUUAUAGUAUGCAUAGUUGGUAUUCUAUCUACCAAGCGUUUAAGUAUUCUACAUAAUUAUUAUAUGGUUUAAUAUAUUGUUCCUAGAAGGUUGUGUGAAUGAGUGGAAGAUAUUUUUAUCUAUGGUAUUUUCUGAGAUUUUAUAACUCUGAUAUUUAAAAAUAUUUACGAAUAUUAUUAGACUAAUUUAUUAAAGUUUUUAGCCUAAUAUUAGUUGGGUUAAGGUAUUUAAAGAUGUGUCUUUGUUAAUUAAUAUUUUAUUCAAAUCUAUUUCCACAUUUACAAAAGUACCUACUUAAUUUAAAGAACAGAUCUUAUUUUAAAAUAUUGUUUACUAGAUUUUCUAGUCUAAGUUUAAACCAGUGUCCAAAAUAUGGUUGGCUGUACAUAAACUGGGUAGUUUCACAAAUAAUGCAAUAGAAACUAAAAACAACAAGAUAUUUCAAAAUAAGAUCUUUCUCUAUGUGUCGAAAUAUUUGUAUUAGGGUAAAAGAUCCUAUUAUGGACUCACAAUUUUUUUCUCAACAAUACAAUGUGACAGUCAAUAAGUGUCCAUAAUAGGUUAGUUUAUCCACUCUAUGUUAUAAAAUCAAUACUGCGAACUGACUGACAACAUUUAGCCAUUACUUACAUUUUGUGCUUGAAAAUCCGGUAUUACUUAUCUUUGAUAAGUCUUUUCGAAAAAAUGACAGUUAUUUAGACUACCUACUAAUGUACUUAGUGCUUACAGGAACUCAGCACAGUUAAUUGAUACAAUAAACAUCAACAAGAAAGAUCUACAUUAACGCCAGGUAACAACCAAAACUCACUAAUUGCAAACAAACUCGCCCACCGAGAGUUCCGUACUUUUUAGUAUUUGUUGUUAUACCGGAAACAAAUAGAUCUGUGAAAAUUUCAACUGUCUACGACUUCAACUAUCACGGUUCUGGUGACAGACGGACGGACAGCGGAGUCUUAGUAAUAGGGUCCCGUAGCGACCCAAAAAAUAAUCAUCCUUGUUUUAUUACUAGUACGGUUCACUGUGCCUCUGAACUUGUGGCAGUCAUUGUCAUUACGAAAUAUCCUUGGUUUUUACACCAUCGAGACAUACCGAGGUUAUACUCUUAAUUUGUGGUAGUAAUUAGUGAGUUUUGGUUGUCACCAAACGAAAUAUUCAACCCUACGUUGGUAUACGGUUGAAUAUCAAAUCAGGCAGGUGUGAACGAGAAUAUUUUAGAAACACUAUACAGCUUCCUCAUUUACUUUCGUCGGGAUUGUAGGUCUAGCACAUUUAACUGCGCGAAUAGUCGCUCGCGAGAAGAUCCACUAUCAUUUUCUAAUUAGUGUCAUAAAACUGAGGAUGCUGUUUUUUUGUGAAUAGAUUGUUAGUUGUGCUAGUACUAAGGCAGUUGUCCGACCGUCCACAAUUUGUUUUUGCGAGCAAUUUUUUCUGAUAACGCUGCAUAUCGCCGGCUGUGUCGAACGAAACAGAUUAACGUUUAAUGCAUCUCUUAUCCACACAGGCUCCAUCCCUUACGUGAGAAAAUGCUCGAUGGCUGGUCGCUUUGGUCGGACAGUUUGCCUAAGAGUUGUCUCCAUUUUUAGUUUCCAGAUUUUAACUAGUGAUAAUUUUCUAAGCUUACUUAAAUGCAGUUUAAUAAAAAGUAAUGUUCACAAGAACUACAGCCUUACAUUCUGGAUUAAAGUUUCAAACAUGAUUGGAUUAUAAAGUAAUGUCAUUGGAAAUGAAAUAAAUCAUAUGAUUAAA